AUUUCGCAAGUUAAAUUCUAUCUAAUCAAUAAACUUGAAAUAAUUAGGUAAAUCCUUGAUUAUUACAUCAUCCAAUUGCUGGAUAUAAAGCGUAAAGCAACAAAGAAUUAGAAACCAUUCAAGUUCAUAUAAUUAAUUAGUGAAAAUCAAGAGAAAAAUGAGUGACAAAAAUAUUGAAAAUAAUGAAGAAGAAGUAGUUGAGAAAUCAGCAAAACAGCUGGAAAAGGAGGCCAAAAAGGCUGCUAAAUUAGCAAAACUCCAAGAGAAACAAGCUAAGCAGGCAGUUCAGCAACAAUCCGCUCCAAAAGACAAGGUUGAGAAAAAAGUAAAAACAACAAUCAAAGAGAUUGUCUACGAGGCAAAUACGACCGAUGGGGAGAAAAAAGACGUAACAGGAUCAAUGCCUGAUGCUUACAGCCCUCAAUUUGUUGAGGCUGCUUGGUAUUCGUGGUGGGAAAAACAGGGAUUUUUCAAACCAGAAUAUUUCAUGAAGGAUGGAAAAGUCUCUGAAAAAGGUCAAUUUGUUAUGGUAAUUCCUCCACCAAAUGUCACUGGAUCUCUUCAUUUGGGACAUGCUUUGACUAAUUCUAUUGAAGAUGCAAUCACUAGAUGGCAUAGAAUGCACGGACGAACAGCUCUUUGGGUUCCUGGAUGUGAUCAUGCUGGAAUUGCCACUCAAGUUGUUGUAGAAAAGAAGUUAUGGCGUGAAAGUAAAUUAAGCCGACAUGAUCUUGGACGUGAAAAGUUUAUUGAGAAAAUUUGGGAAUGGAAGGAGAGUAAAGGUGGACGAAUUUAUCAUCAAUUGAAAAAGAUUGGAUCUUCAAUGGAUUGGGAUCGUGUUUCAUUUACAAUGGAUCCAACAUUAUGUAAAGCUGUAACUGCUGCAUUUAAUCAAUUGCAUGAAAAAGGCUUAAUUUAUCGUGACAAAAGAUUAGUAAAUUGGUCAUGUACACUUAAGUCUGCAAUCUCAGAUAUUGAAGUCGAUAAAGUUGAUAUUCCCGGCAGAACGUUCCUUGCAAUUCCUGGAUAUACUGAUAAGAUUGAAUUUGGUGUUUUAGUAUCAUUUGCAUAUCUCGUUGAAGAUACAGAUGAAGAAAUUGUUGUAGCUACAACUCGUGUGGAAACUAUGCUUGGAGAUACAGCAGUUGCUGUCCAUCCAAAUGAUGAAAGAUACAAGCAUUUACAUGGUAAAUUUGUUAAACAUCCAUUUGCUGAUCGAAGACUUCCAAUUAUUUUAGACGACUUUGUUGAUAUUAAUUUCGGUACUGGUGCUGUAAAAAUCACUCCAGCUCAUGAUCCUAAUGAUUAUGAAUGUGGAAAACGUCACAACUUGCCAUUUAUUACUAUCUUUAGUGACGAUGGAUAUAUCGUCGGUGAUUAUGGCGAAUUCACAGGAAUGAAGAGAUUUGAUGCAAGAAAGGCAGUUUUAAACAAGCUCAGAGACCUUGACUUGUAUAAAGAAACUCUCAACAAUCCUAUGGUUGUUCCAAUUUGCAGUCGUUCAAAGGACGUUGUUGAACCUUUAAUUAAGCCUCAGUGGUACGUAAAAUGCGAUGGAAUGGCUAAAAGUGCUAUUGAUGCAGUUAAGAAUGGAGAAUUGAAAAUUAUUCCUGAGAAUCACGUUAAGACUUGGAAUUAUUGGAUGGAAGGAAUUAGAGAUUGGUGCAUAUCACGUCAAUUGUGGUGGGGUCAUAGAAUUCCUGCAUAUAUGGUUAAAUUUAAGGAUGCAUCGAAAACGCCUAAAAAUGUUGAAGAGGAAUAUUUGUGGAUUGUAGCUACAGAUUUAGAAGAAGCUUGGACAAAAGCCCAAAAGAAGUUUAAUGUUAAGAGAGAUGAAAUAGAAUUGCAUCAAGAUGAAGACGUUUUGGAUACUUGGUUUAGUUCUGGUCUAUUUCCAUUCUCUGUCUUUGGAUGGCCUGAUAAUACUGAAGAUUUAAAGCUGUUUUAUCCAACGACAUUGCUUGAAACUGGACAUGAUAUUUUAUUCUUUUGGGUAGCUAGAAUGGUCUUCUUUGGACAAACAUUACUCGGUAAAUUGCCUUUCAAGGAAGUCUUUCUUCAUCCAAUGGUUCGUGAUGCUCACGGAAGAAAAAUGUCAAAAUCUCUUGGAAAUGUUAUUGAUCCGAUGGACGUAAUUAACGGAAUUUCAUUGGAAGGACUUCAUCAACAAUUGCUUGACUCCAAUUUAGAUCCAAGAGAAAUCGAAAAAGCUAAAGCUGGACAGAAACAAGACUUUCCAAACGGAAUUCCUGAAUGCGGAACCGAUGCUAUGCGAUUUGCUUUGUGCAGUUACAUGACACAAGCUAGAGAUAUUAAUUUGGAUAUUUUACGUGUUCAAGGAUAUCGAUUCUUCUGUAAUAAACUUUGGAAUGCCACUAAGUUUGCUCUUUUGUACUUUGAAAGUGGCGAAACUUAUGAGAUUCACAACAAAAUGACAUCAGCAGAAAGCAAAACGGAUUUAUGGAUAUUAUCGAAGCUUUCAAACGUCGUUGAAACUGUUAAUAAAUCAUUUGAGAAUUAUGAAUUCGCUACAGCAACUCAAAGUUGCUAUGCCUUUUGGCUUUAUGACUUGUGUGAUAAUUAUUUGGAAUGCUUGAAGCCAGUUUUUACAUCUGACGAUAAUGACAGGAAGGCAGUCUCGAGACGUGUAUUGUAUACAUGUUUGGAUUUUGGUUUGCGGCUAUUAUCACCUUUUAUGCCGUUCAUUACUGAAGAAUUAUUCCAACGCUUACCCAGAAAGAAUGUUGAAAUUCCAAGCAUUUGCGUAGCUCCUUUCCCAACUAUCGAAGAAUUUAAUUUCAAGAACGAGAACAUCGAGAAAGACUUUGAGUUUAUCCAGAAAGUAGGGAAGGAAAUUCGUUCAGCACGCAGCGACUACAAUAUUCCAGCAAAGAUUAAAACUGAAGCAUACAUCAUUUGUUCGGAUGAAUCUAUGACCAAUGUCCUUAAAAACUUUAAAAUUGAAGUUCAGACACUGUCGUACUGUUCAAGCAUAGAUGUCUUACAAGAAGCACCAAAAGGAUGCGCAAUUUUAACUGUUAAUGCUCAAUGUGAAGUUCAUUUGAUGCUUAAAGGAGUCAUUGAAGCUGAUAAGGAAAUUGGCAAGCUUGAAAAGAAGCGUGAAAAUCUUGAACAAAAUAUCUCAAAAUUAAAGCAAAAGAUGUGUUUUGAGGAUUAUGAGAUCAAAGUUCCAGAGAACAUCAGAUUAGACAAUUCAGAGAACUUGAAGCAGUCUGAGAUUGAAGUUGAACGAAUAAAAACAGCAAUUGAGGCGUUAAAGCUAAUGUAAUUAUAAUCACGAAUUUGUGAAUAUUUCAGAAUUUUUACUAUAAUUAACAAAAUCAAAUAAAUAUAAUGCUUACAAGCC